AGGCAUUCAUCGCCAUUCGCCAAUGAUAUUUCACAGGUGCGGAGCAGGGGAGGGGGGAGCUGAGGCAGUUCCACUACCCGCGGAACUCGUCGAGCUUUGGCCUCCAAAGUCAGAGCUCACGCGAUCUCCUCUACCCUUACAGCGACAGCAAUACAACGUACGCCGUUUACAAAAAAGAAAAAAAGCACCACCAGCUCGCGAACAAAACCUGGUAUCGUCCUCGGAGAACCGCGACGCGAGCGCUCCACAGCGGUGCCGGCCUUCCACUGACCCCGUUCGAUCACCACCGCAAUCUUUAUUCAUCCCCCCGUUGCCCUCUCGCCGUUCCCAACCGUUGCGCUACGCCGCGCGCACCGGUCGAGCGCCGCCCCGGCUGUUCUAUAUAUACUCGCCGCGCCGUUGAGACUGUACUACCACCACAUUACUCAUUGCAUACGAGGUUGCCAACACUACACAGGUGUAGCAGCAGCCAAGGCAGCUGGUGAGAUGGAGGGGGAGUCCAAGCCGGCGGCGAUGGGGGUGCAGGCGGCGCCCAAGGGCAAGUUCAGGAUACCGGUGGACUCGGACAACAAGGCCACCGAGUUCUGGCUUUUCUCGUUCGUGAGGCCGCACAUGAGCGCCUUCCACCUCUCGUGGUUCUCCUUCUUCUGCUGCUUCGUCUCCACCUUCGCCGCGCCGCCCCUCCUGCCGCUCAUCCGGGACAACCUCGGCCUCACGGGCAAGGACAUCGGCAACGCCGGCAUCGCGUCCGUGUCCGGCGCCGUGUUCGCGCGUCUCGCCAUGGGCACGGCCUGCGACCUGGUCGGGCCCCGCCUGGCGUCCGCGGCCAUCAUACUGCUCACCACCCCCGCGGUGUACUGCUCCGCCAUCAUCGAGUCCGCCUCGUCGUUCCUGCUCGUGCGCUUCUUCACGGGCUUCUCGCUCGCCUCCUUCGUGUCGACGCAGUUCUGGAUGAGCUCCAUGUUCUCUUCGCCCAAGGUGGGGCUGGCCAAUGGCGUCGCCGGCGGCUGGGGCAACCUGGGCGGGGGCGCCGUGCAGCUCCUCAUGCCGCUCGUGUUCGAGGCCGUCCGCAAGAUCGGCAGCACGGAUUUCAUCGCGUGGCGCGUCGCCUUCUUCAUCCCGGGCGUCAUGCAGACGUUCUCGGCCAUCGCCGUGCUGGCGUUCGGGCAGGACAUGCCGGACGGCAACUACCGUAAGCUGCACAAGAGCGGGGAGAUGCACAAGGACAGCUUCGGCAACGUGCUGCGCCACGCGGUCACGAACUACCGCGCCUGGAUCCUGGCGCUCACCUACGGCUACUCCUUCGGCGUGGAGCUCGCCGUGGACAACAUCGUCGCGCAGUACUUCUACGACCGCUUCGACGUCAACCUCCACACGGCCGGGCUCAUCGCCGCCAGCUUCGGGAUGGCCAACAUCAUCUCCCGCCCGGGCGGCGGGCUCAUGUCCGACUGGCUCUCCGACCGGUUCGGCAUGCGCGGCAGGCUGUGGGGGCUGUGGGUCGUGCAGACCAUCGGCGGCAUCCUCUGCAUCGUGCUCGGCAUCGUCGACUACUCGUUCGGCGCGUCGGUGGCCGUCAUGAUCCUCUUCUCCUUCUUCGUGCAGGCGGCGUGCGGGCUCACGUUCGGCAUCGUGCCGUUCGUGUCGCGGAGGUCGCUGGGGCUCAUCUCCGGAAUGACCGGCGGCGGCGGCAACGUGGGGGCCGUGCUGACGCAGGUCAUCUUCUUCCGCGGCACCAAGUACAAGACGGAGACGGGGAUCAUGUACAUGGGGCUGAUGAUCCUGGCAUGCACGCUGCCCAUCACGCUCAUCUACUUCCCGCAGUGGGGCGGCAUGUUCGUCGGGCCGCGGAAAGGGGCGACGGCGGAGGAGUACUACAGCAAGGAGUGGACCGAGGAGGAGCGUGCCAAGGGGUACAGCGCCGCGACCGAGCGUUUCGCGGAGAACAGCGUGCGCGAGGGCGGGCGGAGGGCGGCGUCGGGCAGCCAGUCAAGGCACACCGUCCCCGUCGACGGCUCGCCGGCCGACGUGUGAGGUCCGAAGAGCUCCCCGUACUACGUGGUCCACGGGUGCAAUGGGGGAAUACGAUCGCGUCGCACGGCCGCCCGGGUUUGGGCCGUCUUCCGUGCACAUACGUAGUACUACGAACGCACGCACGCACGCCGGCUUUGUGCUGCUUCUAGUACUGUACGUACGUUUGGGUUUGGUGUGCUCGCUUACCUUAAUACUGCUCCGCAUGUUGAUGUUUAUAUGCUCCCUUGUGAAAUACAGUUUUUCAAUUUUGUGAGACGUGUAAUACAUCGAUGUUAUUUUAA